AUGACACGACCUGCGUGCAGCUUGCUGGCAGGCUUGCCCGAGCAGCAUUUUGAACCACACAUGAUCGUGCUUGGCGGCGCUGCCCGCUCGUGGGGAGGCGGGGAAUUUCUCCAAAUCGCGCAGCUGCACGCGGGAGCAGUGAUGCACUACUCCCCCCUGGAGGAGCUCUUGCAGCAUGGUCAGCACGUGGCCUUGCUGCGCCAUGUGCUUGCGCACAGCCCGCGCAUUUUGGGGGGUCACAGCUUUGGAGCGGCGGUGGCCAGACUGUUGGCCCAGCAGCUGGCCUGGUGCGGCUUGAGCCUUCGGGGCCUCGUGGCACUGGAUGCUCGGUGCGUGGCUCGGUCGGCGCUCUACUCGGUGCGGCCGUCGCUGCGGGGACUCGCGCAGUCUGUGGCCCAGUCCCUGGUUCUGCCGCAGUUGGCCUAG